GACUGACCAACAUUAGCUGAGGUGUGAGCUAAAUUCAAUCUCGUCUCGGGAUACAGUGUGCCUCUUUGCAAAACUGGUGACUUUUUUUAAUUAAAUAAUCUUUUUUUUUCAUUUGUACGAUUUCUCAUGCGAGGCAUCAUUUAAACUGAAAAUGGAAAGUAUCCUGUAGAGUGAAUGCUUUUGCAGAAUGACUCGAGAGGAAGAGAUUCCAGACUGGGUAGGAGCCAAGGAGUUCUACGACAAGUAUGUCCCAAAGGAAAUCCUCGGCAGAGGAGUAAGUAGUGUUGUGCGCCGAUGCAUAAGCAAGCAAACGGGCCAUGAGUACGCUGUAAAGAUCAUAGAUAUCACAUCAGACAAGCUGACCCAGCAAGAGAUUCAGGAACUCCAAGAGUCAACAGCUAAGGAAAUAGACAUCUUGAAGAAGGUGCGUGGAGAGCAAAAUAUCAUUCAGCUUAUUGAUUACUUUGAAUCAAAGGCUUUCUUCUUCCUGGUAUUUGAUUUGAUGAAGAAGGGCGAGCUCUUUGAUUAUCUUACAGAACAAGUUACCUUAAGUGAGAAAGAAACAAGGAAGAUAAUGCGUGCUCUGCUGGAAGUGGUUCAGUUCCUGCAUUCCCAGAAUAUCGUCCACAGGGACCUGAAGCCAGAGAACAUCCUACUAGAUGAUGAUAGAAAUAUCAAGCUAACUGACUUUGGCUUCUCCUGUCAGAUUGAUCAUGAUGAAAAGCUGAAAGAAAUAUGUGGCACUCCAGGGUAUCUUGCUCCUGAAAUAAUCCAGUGCUCCAUGGAUGAAAAUCAUCAGGGAUAUGGGAAAGAAAUAGAUCUAUGGAGCUCUGGGGUGAUAAUGUACACCUUAUUAGCUGGUUCACCUCCAUUCUGGCACAGAAAGCAGAUGUUUAUGCUCAGGAUGAUACUUGCUGGCAACUAUGAAUUUGGGUCUCCAGAAUGGGAUGAUAGAUCAGAUACAGUCAAAGAUUUGAUCUCCCGUAUGCUGGUCAUAGACCCUAAAAAGAGAUGCACAGCAUCUGAAGCUUUGGCCCACCCAUUUUUUCAACAGUAUGUGGUGCAGGAGGUACGGCACUUCAGCCCAUACAGGAAGUUUAAGGUUAUCUGUACAACUGUCCUUGCAUCUGUGAAAAUAUACUACCACUACCGACGAGUGAAGCCAGUCACUAAGGAGAUUGUAAUGAGAGAUCCCUAUGCAAUGAAGACAAUUCGUAAGAUGAUUGAUGCCUGCGCUUUUAGAAUUUAUGGACACUGGGUGAAGAAAGGACAGGCACAAAACAGAGCAGCCUUGUUUGAAAACACACCAAAAACUAUAUUAUUGUCCCUGACAGGAGAAGCUUAAGGCUUGCUUAAAUUUUAACAACUAGGCUGAUUAUAGAAAAAAAAAUGUACUUGAGGCAAAAAAAAAAAAAAACAGAAAUAAUGAAUUUUUCCCAGAACACUCAUUUGUAGUGUUCAUAAUGGAGAAACAAGAGCAUCAGCAUGGGGGCCAGAGAAUCAUGCACGCUACAGAUUUCAAAGUUGUUCUGUAGAUAUGGUUAACUGCUCAAACAGUAUACUUGUGUAGAAAUGCAUUUUUAGAAACCAGGAAAUAUUAAUAGUACUGGUAAAAAAGAAAUGGGUGAAAAUCAACAAAGAAAUUACUGGAAAUGUUAUUUAUUGUAAGUCAUAAGCUUGUGAUUAUACCAGUUUAUUUUUUAUGUACAGUAGAUAUGGUUUUCAGGUACCUAAAAUUUUAGUUUAAGAGGGAUGUUAAAAAUGUGUAUUUUAAAGAAAAACAUUGUAUUGUGAAUACUUUUGUGCACAUUCAUCAGUGAGGAAACCUAAAACAAUGCCCCCUUUGUAUCAAAAGGUUAUAAACUAUAUUAAA